AUGGGUGCCUGCAUAUCGACAGGGGGGAUGGACCCAGAGGACAGACGGCGGCACCUCCAGGUGGAAAAGCAACUCAAAGAGGUCUAUCUCGUGCAAAGACAAAGGAUGGCCUCUCAGGUCAAGGUGCUCCUGCUUGGUUCGGGAGACUCUGGGAAGUCCACUGUCCUCAAGCAAAUGCGCUUCAUACACAAAAUCCCCUUCUCCCCGGAAGAGACCGAGUCUUAUCGACAACUAGUAUUCAACAACCUCAUAACGGGAAUGCUCUACGUGUUCGAUGCAAUGGAACAUAUGGAGUUGGAAGUCGCAGAGGACAAUCUACCGUGCAUGGACGUCAUCCGUAAUGCUAGCGACUUGCGAGACCAUGAGCCAUUCCCGAUCAUGUAUUAUGACCCCCUUAAGAACCUUUGGGGGGACAAGAAUGUCCAAAAAGCAUACCAAAGAGGCAACGAAGCCGCUCUGCCAGAGAACCUUUCAUACUUUUUCCCAUGCUUGGACCGCCUUUUUGAGCCCUCGUACCAACCUACCGAACAAGACAUCGUGCAGUGUCGCGCACGCACAAUUGGCAUUACCGAGACUACCUUUCACCUAAAGGACCAUGAGAUGCUGAUGGUUGACGUAGGAGGACAGAAAAGCGAACGAAGGAAGUGGAUACAUUCUUUAAGUGGCUAUGACCAAUGUCUAGUGGAGGAUCGCGACGCGAACCAAAUGCAAGAUGCCAUGACCAUCUGGGACUCGAUAUGUCACUCGCAAUGGUUCAAGCAGACCUCGAUAAUAUUGUUCUUGAACAAAGAUGAUCUCUUUAGAAAAAGGGUCGCGCACUCUGACAUAAAAAACUUUUUUCCCGACUAUGAAGGCGAACCCGGAGAUGCGAAGGCUGGCCGGGAUUACUUCAGGAAGCGUUUCGUUCGACUUUCGCAAAAAGCGGGGCGCUCGAAAGAGCGAGAAAUAUACGUACAUACAACAACAGCUACGGAUACAGCCAUGCUGCGGGUGGUCAUGGCCGCAGUUGAAGCACCAUUCUUCGCACCAACCUCGAAGUUGCGGCACUAAUUUAACUUCCUCCCCUUUUCUCCGCAAUGUGAAACUGCCGCUUGUGUGAACUGGCAACGGUCAUUAAUAACGCGCUUCCCAUUGUUCGGGUAUCUUGGCUUAAUUCCCACGCUGCAACAAUCUCGGUUUCUCCAACUCUGAACAUAUUUCUCAUCUAUCGGACUACUAUUCUACAUGCAUCAUAUUCCGUAUGGCUGUCGGCUGUCAUCGGCUUCUCUACACGUGAAACGCGUAAAUUGCGAUGGAAUCGUUGAUCAAUACACGUUGUUUCCUUGCCUUUUCUGUUGUUGUUCACCUACAGUUCUAUUAUCACCAAGAAUGUGAGUGAGGAAACCUCGGACCUUUUUCA